AACUCAACUGUUUAACUGGAUAAUGAGCCUAUUUUCAAAAAAAGUGGAGUGUUCCUUUAAGUAGAAUAUGUGUUUUCCUAUUCUUUUCUUCAUAGAGAGUUGCUUUUGUUUUAAAACUGCAAAGAAAUUGUGACUGAAAAUUACACCAUUCACCAUAAAGGUGCGGUCACAUGAGCAAAAUUCCGCUGGGGAAAAAUUGUCAGUAGAGUAGUGAUGCAUAAAGCCAAAAGACUUUACAUAUUAGAAAUUACUAUGAAUAGGAGAAAGUGCAACGCUCAAUAUGGCGGAAUAAGUCCCGCCUUUUUAAAUAAAAGAGCCAAUCGACAGUUGGUAAAGUCAUUGUGUCACUGAGACAGUUACUUGUCAGAUUAAAUUGGUGAUUUCAAAUAUGAAAUUUAAUUGUAAGCUUGUUGAACAGCUUUGGAGAAUUUGAUGGUUCCCCAUGUACUUGCAUUACUGAAACAGCUGCUGAGAGGCGUUUCAAAGAUGGCCGCCGAGUGAAAUAACCUGCCUUAAAGCGACUCUGAUAAAGCAAAGCUCACACAGAGGUCACUUACAUGCAGCUUUCUGUUGAAAAAAAAAUUUGCCCUGCUUGGCAAUAUAGAUGCAUUAUAAAAUUAGAGUAUGUUUACACGACAACAAUGUACUAAAAAAGGAAAAAACUUUCCUUUGCGUCUUUCAUGUAUAGACAACAGCCUUGUCAAAACAAUCCCUGCUCAAUCGGAUUUAUGAAAAUGACUAAAAACACUGUAUUCUGCUGCCAGGCCAGUAGUUGGCAAUGUCACUAGAAACACUACGCGACUAUAGACUGAACACGUAAUACGCAAUGCGCAUGAUGUCAGCGUUUUCACAUAUUCGCGUUUUUGUAGUUUACAUGGAGACAAUAACGGUAUCGUUUUCAAAAACUUGCCCUUUGAAACCCGUUUUCAAAAGUUUGGGUUUUCAGGCCCCAAAAACACCAUUGGCGUUUAAAUGAACAGCCAAAACAUAAAAAGAUUAAAGGUACGGUCACAUUUACAGAUGUUCGGCAAAUUUUCACUGGGAAAAUCCAGCAUUUUAAUAGGAAUCUGCGCGAACUGGAAUUUCACAUGAGGGUGAACGAUUUCCCCAUUGCAGAUUUCCCCAUUGGUCACAUGGAUUUGCUGUGUUGACCAGCAGAAAGCUGCUUGGUUUGAAAGUGACUUUUCUGUGAGGCAUGCUUCAUACAUCGCUACACUAUUGACAGUGGUCCUUUCUUGCCCACAAAAUUUUGCCACUAGAUGGACAUGUCACGUAUUUGGCCAUUGCCUAUUUUUGCUGACACAGUGUUCUAAAAAUUCGGUGCUCAAAUUAAAAGUCGCAGGCAGUCAAGCAGUGGAGAAGAUGGUAGUUUGUUGAAAUAGUAUGUUGAAGUUGCAGAUCUUCAGUAUUUUUACAAUACAAUACAUGAUAAGUUAGGUAAUAACUUAUUCUGCAACCCAUAAACCGAGGGAUAGCAUUUGAGGGAUAGUAUUUUUUUUUUAAAACUGUAUUCAAAUAAUUUACCGAAACUGCACGGCAGGUUUGCAUUAAACAAAUACGAUUUUGCAAUUCAGCUUUUGUGGUACCUGCUUCCUCAUUCAAGUCUCGUCAACAAUAUCAUAGCUUAUACAGCACAAUGAUUGUCUUUAAAUAAUUGACUCAUUGUGGAAUUGGAGUCUGUUAAACUAUUAAAAAUAGACUAACAGAAGCACAUGAAAUGCACACUAAUACAAUGGCCAUAAAAAUCAACUAGUUCCCAUAAAUCAACGGCAAAAUUGCAGUAUAUUUGCAUUAAGUUCUUCCCUUAUUUUUCCUGAACUCAAGGUCAGUUCAAGUGCUGACCAUAGCCUUUUUGAGAAAUAAACUAAAUUCUGCUUAUGGUUGUCUGUGGAACACCCCCACAAACCACAGACAAUAUUAAACCUAUAUAAGGGUCAUAGUAUGCAUUUGACACUGAUUUGCCAGGACUUCAUUUCUGACCAAACUUUACUUGAUUCCCAAAAUAUUUUAAACAAAUCUAAACUCAUUUGCAGCUAAAAGAAAGCACUUUUUAAAUUUAGGAUCAAUCAGUGUGAUUUAUAUCAUUUCAGUCAUGGACAGCUCACCGGAAAUAUUGGAUUUUGAUUCUUCAGAUGAAAAUGGUCCCGAGAACAGUGGGAUAUUUCUGCAGCAGUGGGAUGCACAGGUUCGGCCCUAUAUUGAGAUGAUUGACUUUAUGAGGCGGAUCGGCAUUGAGAGGGAACUUGCGUUGCCGUCCAUUGCGGUGGUGGGAGACCAGAGCUCAGGGAAAAGCUCUGUUCUAGAGGCUCUGUCAGGAGUCGCUCUGCCUCGUGGGAGUGGGAUUGUCACCCGCUGUCCACUGGAGCUUAAACUCAGGAAGCUGAAUAGUGGGAGCGGCUGGACUGCCAUAAUCUCUUACAAUGAUGUGCGAGAGACGUUUCAUGAUCCCGCACAAGUUGAAAGUUACGUCAGAAGGGCACAAAAUAUGCUUGCUGGAGAUGGAGUGGGAAUCUGUGAUGAUCUCAUCAGUUUAGAGAUCACAUCACCUGAUGUUUGCGACCUCACGCUGAUCGAUCUACCUGGAAUAACAAGAGUACCUGUGAAAGGGCAACCGGAAGACAUUGGAGACCAGAUUCGACGCCUGAUAUUGAAAUUCAUUGCAAAAAAAGAAACCAUUAAUUUGGUUGUUGUUCCCUGCAAUGUGGACGUUGCAACCACAGAAGCACUUAGAAUGGCUCAGGGUGUCGAUCCUGACGGCUCAAGGACUUUAGCAAUAUUGACAAAGCCAGACCUGGUAGAUAAAGGAGCCGAGGCUGACGUCUUACAAGUACUGCAGGGUAAAGUGGUUCCUCUCAAAAAGGGCUACACCAUUGUCCGAUGUAGAGGCCAGAGUGACAUCAAUGAAAACGUUUCUCUGGCUGAAGCCACAAAACAGGAAAAAGAGUUCUUCGCCAAUCACGUGCACUUCAGUUAUCUUCUUGAAGAGCAGAGGGCCACAACAUCCUGCCUGGCUACCAGACUCACUAAAGAGCUGGUUGAACAUAUCAAGGCUUCACUUCCAUCUCUCAGAGAUCAGAUUCACAUCCACUUGUCUGCAGUGAGAUUUGAGCUCAAGAAUUAUGAUGACGGUCCUCCUUUAGAACCUGAGCGCAUGGGGCCUUAUCUCAGCAAGAAAAUCUUGGAGUUCAGUGACCAGAUAAGUGAGUUGUGUAGAACAGGAGAAUCAGACAAUGGGAACCUCUACUCGCUCCUUCGACCAGUGUUCAAGCAAUGGGAAUGUCAUCUGAGCAACUCCAAAGCAUUGUUCAGAGAGUCUGUAAAAGAGAUGACAGAAAAAUAUGACGAAGCUCAUCGUGGGAGAGAACUGGUAACCUUCAGUGACUACUGUGUGUAUGAAUCAAUGGUAAAGAAACAUGUGGGAAACCUUAAACAACCAGCAUUGGAUACUUUGAAGCUCAUCCGAGGUAUUGUGCAGAAGGAGUUUAGGGCCAUGUGUGAGUUGUGUUUCCCAAACUACCCUCAUCUGAGACACGUAAUACUGAACCAUAUUGACGAGAUUCACUCAAAGCAAGAAGGCAAGGUGGAGAAGAGGAUCUAUGAGUACAUUAACAUGGAAAAGCUUGUGUACACACAGGAUCCCAUUUUUACCCAGAAAAUUGUAGACUUCAAGUUUGUGGAAAAGAGACAGGAAUUCGAGUCCAUUAGUUUGGAUACAGGAGAGAACGCAACCUCACCCAACAACUGUGCUGUUUUUGACACCAGGAGUCUGACACCUGAGAAACUGAUCAUCUACUACGAGAUCGUGUAUCAGCGUCUGGCCGACUACAUUCCCAUGGUGAUCCUGCUGUUCAUACUGAAGGAAGCUGCCGUGAUGCUGCGGGCUCACGCUAUGGACCUGCGGGAUGGAGCGGAUGUUGUGAAGCUGCUCGUGGAGGACACAGAGGCUGGAAGGAAGAGAGCAGACUUACACCAACGCAUGGAGCGACUGCGCCUGGCACAAGAACGCAUCAGUAUAUACCUCUGAGACAAAAGUUGGCUCUGGUAAAGACCUAUCCUACCACAAUGGACCAGACUUUUUACAUUAUUCAUUUAGCAGACACUUUAAUCCAAAGUGACUUAAAGAGGCAAUAAACAUGAGAAGUGCAAGUAAUACAAAGUUUCAGACAUCGUUUAGAACAGUAAAAGCUACAAACGGGGAGGGAUAUAGUGAAAGCAUAGAUGAAGGAAAAGUGAAAGCAUAUAGAUCUUUUUAUCUUCUAGUGUUUUAUCACUAAAAAUAAAAUGACUGUUUUAAGCAAAAGAAGCAGAAUGAAAGUUCAUCAAUCAUCUUACAAAAAUUCCAGUGUAGUUUGUGUGCCUUUAGUGAUGAUCAAUGACACUUGGUUCAGUUUAAUAAUAGAUAUUAGCUUAAGUAAUAAACCCUCAUCAAAAUGAUAAGAGUAUAAAAAGUGAUUAUCUGUUUAAAUGAUAAGGAAUGAGUGAUACUGUAGUUCACUUUUAGCCACUGCAGAAAUGUGUCUUUGAAUCAAAAGUAAAACAAUGUCAGCUUGUUACAAUGUACUUACAAUGUAAUCUUUUAUUGUGUUAGCUUGUGUUCAAUAAAAAAAGUUUGUUACAAUGCUUUUUUCCUGAAAUGUGUUACAGUCUAUUCCGUUCUGUUCAAUUUCAGUUAUCAUGGACAUUCAGUUUGUUUUCACAUGUCACAUGCCUUCCUUUGUUUGUAAUUCCCGCCACUCCUCGGUUACUACGAUCAUUUUAUUAUGAGUUCAUUCUGUUCAGCUGUGUUACUUGUUACCUUGUUUGUGUUCCUAUAUAAGUUCUUCCUUUUUUAUCAUGGACAUUCAGUGACUGACCACCUGUCUGACAUGUCAAUAUUUUAUUUUCAUUUUCAUUCUUACUGUGUGUGAUGCACUAUAAAUACAGUGACAGAUAGAAUUUCAAUCCUUUGGUUUCUUUUUCAGAAAUGUCUACCUCAAGCAUUCAAAAAAUGCCUUCCUUUUCAGUCACUCCUGGUCCGUUCACUGUCUUGGUUAGUGUGUGUUGCUGCAUGAUCGUCUGUCAUUUGGAAAUACUUAAUCCUUGUCUGCCACCAUGACGAAAUGCACAAACCUGUUUAUAAUUUUAAAUAAAAAUGCUCUUACAGUCUGUCCCAGUAAGAUUUUUAUAUUUCCAUGUAGUUUUUUCCCCUCUUUAUGUAUACUUACAUUUUCAAUUCUGUAAGCAUAUCUAAAUAAACAUCAU